AUGGCGCAGCCGCGGCGCGUGCAGAUGGUGGCGCAGCAGAUCCACCGCGAAGUUGCGUCGAUGCUUCUCAACGACACCACGCUGCGCGCCGCCGUGCAACCCGAGCACGCGCUGGGCGCCGACAAAGUCAUGUCGGCCAUCGCCACGAUCAGUGACGUGGAGCUAUCGGCGGACUUGCAGGUGGCGAAGGUUUACGUGUCAGUGUAUGGGGACGAGAGGGGGCAGGCGAUAGCGAUGGAGGGGCUGAGGGCCAAGGCGCCCUACGUGCGAUCAGGUCUGGGCAAGAAGAUGCGGCUGCGGUUCGCCCCUGAAGUGCGGUUUAUUCAAGAUGACUCCAUGGAACGGGGAAGCAGGGUACUCUCCAUCCUCUCACGUCUCAAAGCAGAGCAGCAGGCUCGGGAACGCGGCGAGCCUCUCCCGCCAAAUCUGUCCCCCAUAGCUUCGGGUGGUUAUGAUGACGAGGAUGAGGAGGAAGAGUUAGGGCGGGCUGUGAGAGCACAGAGAAAGCCUAAGAAGGGGCAGGUGGAGGGGGGGUUGGGUGGGAGAGGAGGUGGGCAGGGGAAGGGGCAGGGGAAGGGAGGGAAGAAGGGGGUGGGGAGGAGGUGGGAGGGAGACGAUGGGGUGAGGCUUGAAGAUUUUGGGGAGGAUGAGAAGGUGUUUUUAGUUGAGUGA